AUGGCUCACACGCGCAGUGAGGAAGCGCCAACGGAAGUUUUGAUUACGAUCGAUAUCGGAACAACCACGGUCAAGGCUUUUGUUUCCGAGAAUCCCGACUCCCCCGAUUCGAUCGACUACCCCUUGGAGUUCCGGUCGAGCGAUGAUGCGGACAGGAAGAAAACCACCACCGAACUGGAUACAACCCUAGCUUUUUCGGAAGACGGACAAAACUGCAUUUUCGGUCCCGAUGGCCUAUCGUACUCCGGGGCUCACAUCUUCCGGGACUGGAAACUCGGCGCCAUGGGCUUCGAACCGUACGCCCAUUCGCUAGCAAAGUCCUUUGAGUUGCUUCAAGCAUCAGCUCCACAACUAGGACCUGUCAAUCUUGCCAGCCUUUACCGGAAGCUUCUCUCACAUAUCUCGGAUACAGUCAAAGGGCAUCUCCACCAAAAGUACGGUGGUAACUUUGACGCGAUAAGAUGCUAUCUCACAUAUCCGGUCAGCUGCAGUGAGUCAUUGAGGCUUCUUCUUCUUCAAGAGCCUUCUGCUGUCGGAAUGGAAGUCGUGGGGGCCGUUUCGGAGGCCAUGGCGGCUGCCUAUUAUUUCGUCAAAUGCAAAAGAGGCAUCAAUCUGCCACGCGGCGCGAAACUAUUCAUUGACUUCGGUGGCGCCACUGUUGAUGGCGUGGUAGUAUAUGAGGAUAGCACGGGCCAGAUAAAGCAGGCAUGCCCCAGCCGUGGAUUUACCGGUGGAGGACAAAUGUUCAACCAAUUCGCACGCGACUGGCUUACGAAACAAUGCCCUGAUUGGAAUGCGCUGUACAGCGAUAUUCAAUGGACUCUCAACAUAUCUUCCCACAUCGAUCGAUUCAAACGCACAUUUAAUGGCAAAUCGAGCCACAACCUUUAUGAUGGAAAAGGCUGUAUCGUCACUAUCCCCUCGCAGAUCAUUGCAGAAUUUUUCGAGCCUUUAAUUGCUGGAGGCGUGGGGCUAGCCAAAGAACUGUGUAAGAGUGCGAUGUCUGCUGGUCACUUCGUUAGUGCUGUAGUGGUCUGCGGUGGUGUAGGGGGGAAUGGCUGGUUCUUUGAGGAGCUAUCCCGGAGAAUACUUGAUGAGACUGGCAUCGCAAUAUGCAGGCGAAUGCCGGAGUAG